AUGGCGGCCCCGCUGAAGAGACAUGGCAUCUUGGCGGCUUGUAUUCUACUACUCGCAUGCACAGCAUGGAUAUCCUCACGGUUUAACAGCAGCGCUGCUUUUGAGCGGCCAAUACACUUCUCCAUCUUGACGCUCCUCGAGUCCGGUCUACUCAUUGCGAUAUGGUGCAGACAGAUCUCGCCCUGGAAAAGUGCAACCAGCAGCGGGUAUCAACUGGCAACCUUUUCAACCUCAAAAAAUGACUGGCGAAAACGACUCCAAGCUGGCAUCGAUGUCGCGCGCAACCCUCGGUUCUUGUUGUCGCCCUAUUUCUUCCUAGGAUGCGCUAUCGUACUGCGAUCGCUGCUCUUUUGGCGCACUAUCCGCACGAUUCACUGCUCUUGGGAGAGCUUCGAGGUAUUCCUCCCAGCUCUUGUCGUCCUUUACACAACGUUUUCUCCCUCCACCAUACGACUCCAACAACACAACGGUGACCAAGCUCGAUCUCGACGCUGCUGUAAUGUUGCUCACUUGCGCUACUUCGUCAUCGCCAUCGCUUGGGCCUGCGCCACGAGGGCCACUCUCGCCCUGUCAACACAGUCGGCCGGCGCAAUAUGUCCAGCAGGCUUUCUUCGGUGGGAGAGACAGAUCCCCAUAGCCCAGGUCGUUACUGUCAUUUUGGAUGCGCUGCUGCUGUUUUACCUGUGGAAAUGGCGGCAGGACACUGUGGAUGAUGCACCGCAGGCUUGGGGAUUCGUGUCAAAACUGUUUCUAGGGUCCGCAGGUGUUCUGGCUUUGCUUGCCUGUUUCUCCCUCCAUAACGCUCGAAACACCCGUUGGGCGUUUGGACUUCACUUUGUCGAAAUCAGAGAUCUACUGACGGACAGCACAGUGGCGUCGCUGGGGCUGAUAUUGGGAUUUUAUGUCAUGAGUGACAUGCAUCCUAGCACGUUGGGCAUGAUUGUCACUGCUUCAGGCGUUUAUGCCCAUCAGCUCGUCCGCAUGCUGCAAACCGCGCUACCCAUGGACGGCUCUCUGCCCUACAUGAUAGCUAGUGGUCUUACGAUAGUCGGCGUCGGCCUCCUUUUGCGAUACGAGAAGGAUAUCGCCAGCGCUUCUGGAUCUUCGUCGGGAGAUCCACGGCUCAUUAGGUUUCUCUUGAUGUGGUACGUCGUCCUGGUUGGCGUCCUCUGCGGAACCUACCUUAUCUUUUACCCGGACUUUAACUCCACCGAUACUCUAUCCUUCCCUGAUCUUCUCUCUGCGGCCAAUACCAAAUCCGACGCCUGGAUCGCGAGAGCGAAUCAGAGCUCCACCCUCGAGGUCGCGGCGAAAGAAUAUCAACAGCGUUAUGGUGUGGCACCACCUCCCAACUUUGAUAAGUGGUACGAGUACGCUGUCGCCAACGGUUCGCCCAUCAUCGACGAUUUCAGCCAGAUAAACGACGAUUUACUCCCGUUUUGGGGCGUUGAGCCGAAGGUCCUGCGAGAUCGUACCAAGCAUUCCUUGGAGAUACCGUGGCUUGGCAUUGGAGGCAUUCGGAUUCGUGGGGGAAAGGUCAACGUGGCUCCCGGUACGCCUGGAUCCCACAUGUGGAUGAUGACCUCUAUGAAGAACAUGAUUGAGGACUUUGCCGAGCAUCUCCCCGACAUGGACCUUGCCAUCAACCUGAACGACGAGCCUCGCGUGGCGAUCCCUUUCGAAGACAUGUCUGGACUUCACGGCGUUGGCUUGGAAUCGAGGACGAAGCUCCUCAAUUCGGAGGAUCGAAAGACGUUUGACAGAUCCAAGUCAGCAGUUUGGGGUGAUGACGAUGCUGUUAAGGGACCUGAGCAGCGGUCACCCUUCUUCGAAGACCGCAUUCGAGAUCAAAACUACUACGACUUUGUUGCUCCAACCUGUCCGCCCGACUCGGCCGCCCGGAACACGAGAUGGUGGAGUCGUAAAGAGGCGUGCCGUGGAUGUCUCCUGCCGCAUGCUAUCCGCGUCUUUGAGGCGCUCGAGAACCCCGUUGUGUCGAACUGGACCUCAGCUACAGACCUCUGCCACCAACCAGACUUGGCAUACCUUCACGGAUUUCUAUUGUCUCCGGCGCCGGCCCUUUUCACCAGAGAUGCGUUUCCCGUAUUCAGUCAAAGCAGGACGUCAGGGUUUGCUGAUAUAUUGGUGCCUUCGCCUUGGAAUUACGACGACAAGGCCGCGUACGAUGAGAACGAGGACAUGGAAUGGAGCAAGAAGAAGAACACCAUGUUCUGGAGGGGGUCAUCCUCGGAUGGGUAUGCAGCCUGGGGCUCGUGGCAGGGUUUCCUCAGGGCUCGGUUCGUCCAAGCUGCAAAUUCGAUUAUGAGGGUUACGAAACUCCAACAGGAUGGUCGGACACUGGUCUUGGGACCGGAUGAUCUGCCAAAUUUUGAUGUUGGCUUCGUGAGCAGAUGGACCAAGUGUCACCGAGAGGACUGCCAAAGCGAAAAGGAUACCUUCUGGGGCAUCGGCCAGGACUCACCCGACAAGUCCCAGGUCCCCUUCACCGACCAUUGGAAGUACGCACACCUGAUGGACCUCGACGGCGCGGGAUUCAGCGGGCGAUUCAUCCCCUUCCUCCGCAGCAAGAGUCUCGUAUACCGCUCCGGCCUCUUCCGGACUUGGUUCAACGAGAGGGUCCACGGGUGGCGUCACUACGUCCCGGUCGAUGUGCGACUCCACGAGCUGUGGGAUCUCCUUUCCUACUUUGGAAUUGACACGGAAGGCAAGAGGCGAGCAGAGGCCAUUGCGGAAGAAGGCAGGGCGUGGAGCCGCAAAGCGCUCCGGAGAGAAGACAUGCGUAUCUACAUGUUUCGGCUACUACUGGAAUGGGGACGACUUGUGGACGAUGAGCGAGAUCAACUUGUAUCCUCGUUCCUCAAGUCUACCAAGUCUUCCGAAAACAACGACGGUCGCUCAGAUUCUGGCACCGACUUUCGAAAUGAUAGUCCAUCCUCCAAGGACACUGCAGGAACAGCAGACGACAAAUUCUAUGGCAAUCUGGACGCGCCUGCGAGGGAAGAAACGACCUCCUCACGAAAGACAGGUAAAUCUAUUGCACGUACCGCUACAAAGAAACCAAAUGCAUCUCCUCACGGCAUCAAGAUCCUAGUCCCGCAACUGUCGGACAAGAGAGGCUGCUUAGACGUUGUGGCCAUUCACGGGCUCAACGGUCAUCGCGAAGAGACAUGGACGGACUCCGAAACGGGAUUGCAGUGGCUGAGCGACCCUUCAUGUCUGCCGAAAGACAUGCCCACGGCACGAGUGUUGACGUUUGGCUAUAACUCCAAGACCUACUUUAGUCGAUCUGAAUCAGAUAUACCGGAUUUUGCCUCAGACUUACUCUGGGCACUGAAAACCCAGCGUACAAGCGAAGAAGAACAAAAACGCCCCAUUGUCUUCAUUUGCCAUAGUCUUGGGGGCCUGGUUUUUAAACAGGUCGUCGAGAAAGAAUCGGCCACGUUGAACUGGCCUAAAGAACUACCCAUUGCCUCGAACGCCAACCACUCAGCCAUCUGCAAGUUUCCGUCACCAGAAGACUCAAGAUACCAGGCUGCUUCUCUAGCCAUCCGCGAGGCGGUGGGAAAAUUGGGAUCAAGAAGUGAUAUUCAAUACGAAUACCAUCUUGACCAGAUCGACGACCCGAUACCCAAGACUUGCCAGUGGGUUACAUCACAUGAGAUAUGGACUCUAUGGGACUCGGUACCAGGCUCAGCCCUCCUAUGGAUCUCAGCCGAUGCUGGCUGUGGAAAGUCGGUAGUAGCGAAGUAUCUCGUCGACUUUUUCCAGAAACGAACCUUCGGCGCACAUCUCCACACCCAUGUCUGCUACUUCUUCUUUAAGGAAGGACUAGAAAACCAGGACAAUGCUUCGUCAGCCGUUUCGGCGGUCCUUCACCAGCUACUCUCCAAGCAAAGUCAGGUCAUGCAUCAUGCCAUGGCCAAAUACCUCAGCAUGCCGAAGAGUAGUCUCAAUCGCUUUCCCACACUUUGGUCUAUUCUACUAGCGACAAUGGAUGAUAGAAACACAAAAAGCAUGGUGUUUAUACUAGAUGGUCUAGAUGAGUGCGAAGAGAAGUCCUUGGAUGAGCUCGUCAAAGCUCUGGCGGACUUCUUCCAGUCUCGCAAAGAAUUAACCGCCGAAUCGAGACCAGCCUGUAAAAUCGUUCUCCUAAGCCGACCGCUCAACUCAGUCGAACGCAGGUUUGGACUCCGGUCGGGUAAUGGUAAGCUUAACAUUGGCUCACAGGACAGGAAGAAUGGUCGCAGUUUCAGGCUUAGUGCCGAAGAAGAGAGUGUCUCCGUUGCGAAGGAUAUCGCUCAAUUCGUGAUAUCAAAAGUUUCGGAUCUUGGUCAGCAAUCAGAAUUGUCUACCGAAAUUCUUGAUCGGCUGAAAAAACGGCUUAUCAGCAAUGCUGAUUACACUUUCCUCUGGGUGUCUUUGGUCUUGAACAUCGUAAAAGAAGCUGAAGUUGACGGAAUUUCAAUGGAUCAGAUCGAAGCCAUCUUGGCCACUACCAAGCUCGAAGACGUUUACGAAAAGCUUUUGUCCGGUCGAGCAUCACCUUUGAAGACCAGGAAGGUUUUACUACUCAUCCUUGCCGCCGUUCGCCCAUUAACUUUAGAUGAAUUAUGCGGAACUGUGGAAGUCAAUCAAGACUACCACCAACAGCCAGAUGAAAAAGAGUCAAAACGAGCUUUGAACCACUCAGAAUUGAGACUCUCUGAGGAACAUCUCGGUAAGCAGACGAAGGUGUCAGAGCUCGAGGCCUUCCAAAAGCCCAGAACUGCCAGGGCCACGACGGUCUUAUCACCAAACUCCUCAUCUUCCGCAGUCAGACCAGUGAAGAAGAAUACGGAACGAAGAGUCAUCACUAGAAACGGAAGCAUAAUGGGAUCAACAAACCUUACGCCGAAGCUGAGAAAUAUCGAAAGACGAGACCAUUAUCGACCUGUACGGGAAGAUCUGAAGCGCCCCUACGACUACCUCCUUCAACCAAACACUUCUCACUUCAACGCAUGGAUUAUCUCCCAUGAUUCUUGGGUGCCGGAAGAGCAACGGAGAGGUCUAGAAGCAUCGGGUCUCUCCUACCAGACGGGCCUUGGCAGAGUCGAACUACGUCAGGAUGAUGCCAACGCCAGCCCUUCGGAGGAGAGAGAACGGGAACUCCAAGCGGCUCUGCAACAUUUCAAUCUCAUGGGCAACGAGAUUGAUUUGUACGAUGAAGAGUAUAUUCAUGGGAAACGAUACUGGAAAGCAAAGGACUACAUGGAUUCAGGCGAUGCCAGCACCUCAGACGAAGAUGAGGAACUUGACAAGGACGUGAAGGAAUCGAAGGCAACAAUUCCUGAUCGUAUGCAGUACUAUCGCCAACAGCAGAGUCAGCGGGUGGUCGAAAGCAUUGCUGAGGGUCGACGCGCAACCUCGGCUUCCAUGGCAAACCCGACUUCGUCUCGAUCCUGGCUGAGGUGA